AUGGCGGAUGACGAGAGCUUGCUCAAGUUUUUUGCCGAGGAACGACAGUUUUUUGAUGUCCUGGAGCAUUAUCUCGAUCAAAUUGAUGAUCGACCAGGUGCCGAUCUUAAAGAGCCGCUGCCCGAGAUCUUUUCGAACAACCCCUUCGGUUACUUGACUCUGCUCGACUUACCAGAAUGCUAA